AUGAAAGUCCAAAUAACCAAUAGUAGAACAGAGGAAAUCUUAAAAGUUCAAACCAAUAAUGAAAGUGACGAAGUCAGUAAAGCUACUCCAAGCGAAGUUGAGGAAUCGCUGAGAUUAAUUGACGAUCUAAAAUUCUUUUUAGCCACAGCGCCGGUAAAUUGGCAAGAAAACCAAAUCAUAAGGCGUUACUAUCUGAAUAGUGGACAAGGCUUUGUCUCUUGUGUAUUUUGGAACAAUCUAUACUAUAUCACAGGUACUGAUAUUGUCAAAUGUUGUCUUUACAGAAUGCAAAAGUUUGGAAGAGAAGUAGUUCAAAAGAAAAAAUUCGAAGAGGGUAUUUUUUCAGAUUUAAGAAAUCUUAAAUGUGGUAUAGAUGCCACUUUAGAACAACCAAAAUCUGAAUUUUUAUCCUUUCUAUUUAGAAAUAUGUGUCUGAAAACUCAAAAAAAGCAGAAGGUGUUUUUUUGGUUCAGUGUAGCACAUGACAAGUUAUUUGCAGAUGCAUUGGAAAGAGAUUUAAAAAGGGAAAGUUUGAAUCAGCCUUCAACGACCAGGUCCGUUAAUGAGCCUGCUUUAUCAUUUUCGUAUGAUUCUUCCUCUGAUAAGCCUCUUUAUGAUCAGCUGCUCCAACAUUUAGAUUCUAGAAGGCCGUCUAGUGCAACAAAAUCUGAUAAUUCCCCAUCAAAAUUGGAGAGCGAGAACUUCAAGGAUACUGAGUUGGUAACUGUAACUAAUCAGCCACUUUUGGGCGUUGGUCUUAUCGAUGAUGAUACGCCAGAAUCCCCCUCUCAGAUUAAUGAUUUCAUUCCUCAGAAAUUAAUCGUAGAACCAAAUACUCUGGAAUUGAAUAGUCUCGCAGAAGAAACAUCACAUGCUUUGCCUAAGAACGCCGCUAAGGGCAGAGACGAAGAAGAUUUUCCUCUCGACUAUUUCCCUGUAUCUGUUGAAUAUCCUACAGAGGAAAACGCGUUUGAUCCAUUCCCUCAACAGGCUUUCACGCCCGCUGCCCCUUCCAUGCCUAUUUCCUAUGAUAAUGUGAGUGAAAGGGAUUCUAUGCCCGUAAAUUCUCUUCUCAAUAGAUACCCCUAUCAAUUAUCGGUGGCGCCCACCUUUCCUGUGCCACCAUCAUCAUCAAGGCAGCAUUUUAUGACAAAUAGGGAUUUUUAUUCUUCCAACAAUAACAAGGAGAAGUUGGCAUCUCCUAGCGACCCUACCAGCUAUAUGAAAUAUGACGAACCUGUCAUAGAUUUUGAAGAAUCUCGAGUAAACGAAAACUGUACGAAUGCUAAAUCCCAUAACUCAGGCCAACAAACAAAGCAACAUCAACUAUAUCCGAAUAACUUCCAGCAACCUUAUCCAAACGGAAUGGUUCCAGGAUAUUAUCCAAAAAUGCCGUACAAUCCCAUGGUGGGGGAUCCUUUACUUGAUCAAGCCUUCUAUGGUGCGGACGAUCUUUUCUUCCCCCCAGAAGGAUGUGAUAAUAACAUGCUGUAUCCACAGACAGCGACCUCAUGGAACCUUUUGCCUCCUCAAGCUAUGCAACCGGCUCCAACGUAUGUUCCGAGACCAUACACACCGAAUUACAGAUCGACACCAGGUUCAGCGAUGUUCCCAUAUAUGCAAAGUUCGAAUUCAAUGCAGUGGAACACCGCUGUUUCACCAUAUAGUUCGAGAGCGCCAUCUACUACUGCUAAAAACUACCCUCCUAGUACAUUUUAUUCUCAAAAUAUGAAUCAGUAUCCACGGCGAAGAACUGUGGGAAUGAAGUCUUCGCAAGGAAAUGUCCCAACAGGUAAUAAACAAUCUGUGGGCAAGUCUGCAAAAAUUUCAAAGCCUUUACAUAUUAAGACUAGCGCUUAUCAGAAGCAAUAUAAAAUCAACUUAGAAACGAAAACUAGGUCAAGUGCUGGCGAUGAAGAUUCUGCUCAUCCUGAUAAGAGUAAAGAAAUUUCGAUGCCCACCCCGGAUUCAAAUACUUUGGUGAUUCAGUCGGAAGAAGAUGGAGUUGAUUCACCUGAAGUAGAAACAAAUGGAAGGUCAAAUAAAAAUCUUACGGAUGCAACCUGA